CAGAACGGCAACUAUCCGGACCCAAGCCUCACAUCAGCACUGCCAAUCAAGAGACAACAUCGUGAUCCAUACGGCGACUGGUGGGACGUGCAAGAACGAAGAAACUAUGGCGAGCCAGUCCACGAAGAUAACGACAUCCUUGGUAUUUUCUCACCAGAAGACUACACGCAUUUCUCAUCAGGGUGGGGUGCCGUGUUGGUGGGCUCUUUCAUUGGUGCUGUUGGUGUGCUCUGCGCGGUUGUGUACCGAUAUUACCCAGACAAGCCCGCUGUGUCACGGACUUUUGAAGAUGGACUGGAGACUGAACUAGGAGGACCACGUGCGCGACGUGCACGAAACCAAGAAGAAGGC